AUGGCACAAUUAGGUGUUCUUCGGGAAUUCCAGGAUGGUGAAAAUUGGACAGACUUCGUCGAAAGGGUCGAGCAGUAUUUCAUCGCAAAUGAAAUAAAGGACGACGCCAAGAAACGAGCUGUCUUGCUCACGGUGUGCAAUUCGAGGACAUACAGUCUAAUGAAAGACUUGCUUGCACCAGCUAAAGUAACAGAUAAGUCAUACAACGAAUUGACUGAAUUAUUGAAGAGUCAUUCGGAGCCUAAAUCAAGUAUAAUCGUAAGUCGAUUCAAGUUCUACUCGUGUACUAGACCGGCUGGUCAAUCAGUGAGCAACUACGUAGCUAGUUUACGUAGGUUAGCUGAACCAUGUCGUUUCGGUGAUACGCUCGAGGAAAUGUUGAGGGACAGGCUCGUCCUCGGCAUAAACGACAACCGAAUUCAAUGGAAGAUGUUGUCGGAAACCACGCUGAAUUUUAAAACGGCAGUGGAAAUUGAAAAUGCCAUUUUGGAAGCAGACGCUAAUGUGAAAGAUAUUAACAUUGGUGGGACUACUUCAGUGAACAAGGUUCAACAUACCCAAUCCAGAUACAACAACAGAAAGGUCAGUAACAAUAAUUCUACUUCAAGUGAUAGGCCUACACCUACAUGUUAUCUUUGUCUAGGCCCGCAUCUCGCUCCAGAUUGUAAACACAAGGAGGUGAUGUGCCACGGCUGUGGUAAGCGAGGGCAUUUGCGUAAAGCUUGUAAGAAUCCCAAACAGAAAAAGGAUGGGAAGAAGGGCAAAGUCAAUAAUUAUGUAACUGACACAGCUGCGCCACAGGGCCAGCAACAGCACCAAGCUCAGUAUGAACACGAUGAAGUAUUAUUUAACAUAGAGAGCAAGGGUAGCGUAGCACCAAUAACAGUCCAGGUUAAACUUAAUGGAGUGCCCCUCACUAUGGAGGUUGACACGGGAGCAAGCAUUAGUAUCAUGAGUGAAACUCAUUAUAACAACUUAUGGAAAGGCAAUAAACCACCGUUAGCAAAAAGCCACACUGUACGACGCACAUACACGAAUGGAAAUGUAGACAUUGUUGGGACGACUAACGUGAGCGUUUCGUAUAAAAACUUUGUGCAUGAACUUCAAUUGCUAGUUGUAAAGGGCAGCGGACCGGCAAUGUUUGGCCGUAAUUGUUUGGAAUAUAUCAAGCUUGAUUGGCAAGAAUUAAAGAACAUAACUGUUGAUAAUUGUGACGGGGAAAUUAAUAACAUUAUUAAUAAAUUUCCGGACGUAUUUAAGGAUGGACUGGGAACCUAUACAGGACCCAAAGCCAAGAUCCACGUUAACCCUGAUGCCACGCCCUUGUAUUACAAGGCAAGAGCCGUUCCGUACAUGCUUCGCCAGAAAGUUGAGGAAGCGUUGGAGCGUGAUGUAAGAAACGGGGUCGUAAAACAUGUGGAAACGUCAGAAUGGGCAGCACCCAUAGUUCCAGUGUUAAAAGCGGAUGGUGAGACAGUAAGAAGUUGUGGUGAUUAUAAGUUGACAAUGAACAAGCAGUCUACACUAGACAAUUAUCCUAUUCCUAAAGAGCAGGACUUGUUCGCAUGUUUGGCUGGAGGCAAGUACUUCACCAAACCGGAUCUCGCAAACGCGUACCAACAAAUGCUUUUGGACGAAGAGUAA